AUGAGCCAUCACCUCUACGAGGUCGGGAUAAAGAACUGCGCCAUCCUCACGGACCGCUUUAACCACUGCUGCACCAUUUACACCGAGAUCCUAAGGGACCAAGGUCUGUCCCCCGAGGCGGUUUACGACGAGGUCGUAGGCGUCACCACCCACCUUGAGAUCCUUCUGGUCGCCAUCGCCACGGAGAAGAGGUCAAUCCCGUCCGUCAUGAUCCUCAGGAUCGCCCGCCGUCAUCAAGUUUGGGCCUUCCCUGCGUUCCUCGAGGUGCUUAGUGGCAGCCUGGACAAGCUUGAGGCCACCACACUGGAGACACUAAACCGUAGUCGUCGGACUCUUGCCCGCCUCGCCGCUUGCUUCGACGACAUUGUCGAUGAGGUGCAGGGUUACGAUAUCUCGGACGGUGCGUCUACCGUCGGCGGCGUCUAG